UUUUCAUUUUCACGUGCAUGCUUGCAAGUUGCAAGUAAGGGUAUGGUUCCAAAUUCCUAAUAAAUACUAGCCAGUUGAAGUUCGAUUGAAUCACAGUGGAGAAGCUAAGCACGUCGAAGGAUUUCAGCGUUCUAUUCCAUUGUAUGAGUGCUGGUGCUAGUAAAACUUCUCUGUCUUACCAAGGAGGAAACGUCAAAUUUCAAAGCAUUCGAGGGAGCAUAAUGGGGGCGUCAAAACGUGAUAGUAUGAGUGGUGAACAUUACAGGAAGGUAGAGAAUUUUGAAAGCAAAACUCCCUCUGAGUCAGAAAUAGAAGCCACAGCCGGACACCCUCAUGACAACACUUUGGAUCUACAAAGCCCUCAAAUCCGGACCAUUUUAGGUUUGGUAGAAGACUGUGAUAAAUGCACAGAUAAGAUAUGUCAAUUCAUUGAAGGACCCAAAAAUGACAUUGCUGGUGAUGGUGAAAUGCAAGAGGGUCUCGUUGAGUUCGUUAAAGAAAAACAUGGACACAAUAAGAACAACUGGAAGUUGCUAAGAGAUGCGUAUCUUUCAAAGAAAGAUUAUAACAAAAUUAAUAAUCUUUCUAAUUUAUGGAAUGAUCUCCUUGAAAGUGAGAUUUUCGAGCAGAAAUCCCCUGUGGGAAAUACGGUGUUACACAUAGCUGCUGAGAAUGGAGAUGAAGACCUUGUGGAGGAGAUUGUUCGUCAAGCCCCUUAUCUGUUGACUGAAAAAAGUUUCAGUGGUGAUACUGCACUGCAUGUUGCUGCUAAAACUGGCCACUUCUCUGCUCUUCAGAAGUUGAUUGUUGCUCACUUCAAAAAUUCAUCAGAAAGUUAUUACAAAAUCCAGGAGGCAGAGGAGAAGGCUCUGGAGAAAAUCCUUGAGAAAAACAAUGAUGGAAAUACAUUCUUCCACGAGGCCUUAAUCAAUGGUCGCCAUGGAGUGAUGAAUUUCCUGCUUUCUCAUGGUGAUAGUAAUUUGAAAAAAGUGGCUAAGGGAGCUGCGUUAUCCGUGACGAGUAAUGAAAAGAAAUCAGGUGUGUAUUUGGCAAUUGAGUCUGGCUACAAGCAUGUUGUUGAUCAAGCAUUAAGUGAUGUAAUUCCAAAACACUCAAACUAUAUUCCUCAAGGAAAAUCUCUUCUUCUUGCAGCAAUCAUCAAAGAGGAUCAAGAUAUUUUAGAGACUAUAUUGGCAAAAAUGCCCAAAUGGAUCCAUUUAUCGGACACCCAAGGAAGAAUUCCUCUACAUUAUGCUGCUUCAACAGGUUAUCUUAAAGGUGUUCAGAAUCUGCUUAAAAAAUGUGAUUUCUUCGUCAUGGAAAUGGACAAAAAUGGAUUUUUGCCAAUUCAUUUGGCUUCUUGCACUGGCCAGGUUAAAGUAGUUCAGGAAUUGUUGAAAUCAGACUACUGCCCGGAUCCAAGAGAUAUAGUUCACAAGGAUGGCCGAAAUAUUCUUCAUCUUGCAGCUCAAAGUGGAAAGUUUAAUGUUGUAAAGUACAUCUUGCACGCUUCUUCUUCUUCUUCUUCUAAUCAUGGACUUGUAAAGAUGAUAAAUGAGCAGGACUGUAAUGGAAACACUCCUUUGCAUUUGGCUACCAUGUAUUGCCAUCCCAAAAUAGUGCAUACCUUGACAUGGGAUAAAAGAGUGGAUCUUUGUUUGGUUAACAGAAAAGGUCAAACAGCUCUUGAUGUUUUUGGGUAUUCUGGAAAUCCCUCCCUUAGACAGAGGCUAACAUGGACUGCAUUAAAAUCUUCUGGUGUACGAUCUGCUGAGCCAAAGUCAUUGGCAGCCAUGGUCCCUCCAGAAACUACAUACAUCAAUUUAUUGCAGCAAGAGGGUACAGACAUGGAUCCGUACAAAGAUAGAAUCAACACACUUAUAGUGGUUUCAACCCUUAUAAUUACAGCAACAUUCGCCACAGGUUUCGCAUUGCCCGGGGGUAUUAAUGGCUCAGGUGAUCCAGGGCCAGGUAUGGCUGUGAUGCUACAUCACAUAUGGUUUAAAAUAUUCAUCUUUUGCAAUACAAUAUCAAUGUACGGUGCAAUUAGUGUCACCAUCAUUCUCAUUUGGGCCCAGCUGGGAGAUAUUACUUUGGCACUCCUUGCGCUUAAAGUUGCAAGACCUCUUCUUGGAAUAACUCUUGCGACACUGUCUCUGGCAUUUUUGGCUGGGGUGCACCUAGUUAUAAGGGAUCUAACUUGGCUAGACACUUCUUUCUUGGCCAUGGGCUUGUUUUUCAUCUUCAUGUUGUUGUUGCUGUACACUAUGCUCUGGUUCCCCUCAUCAACUAGCAAACUAGUUCUCAGACAUAUAUCCUACUACCCCUUUCUACUGCUGGCAUCAUUGGUUGAACCUGAUCAAGACUAGUUCUUAGGUUUAAAGAAUGAUGUAGCAACUAAAAUCAUUAUGACAUUAUUAAAGGCAUUUAUCUCAUUUAUCGACUUUUAAA